GCCCAAGAUGGCGGCGGGACCCAGCCGCGGGCGCUGAGGCGGCGCCGGGACCGGGAGCGGGACAGGGACAGGGAGCGGGAUCGGGAACGGGAACGCGAGCGGCAGGCGGGGCUGGAGCGGGAACAGGGCGGGCCAUGGCCGCCGCCGCCGCGCGUUGAGGCCCCGCCGCUCACCCGGGCCGGGAUGCCCCGGGGGGGGCCCGGGCCGCCGCCGGAGCCAUGGAGGAGGAGGGCAAGAAGGGCAAGAAGCCUGGAAUCGUGUCCCCGUUCAAGCGCGUGUUCCUGAAGGGGGAGAAGGGCCGGGACAAGAAGGCUCAGGAGAAGGUGACGGAGCGGCGGCCGCUGCACACCCUGGUGGUGGCACCGCCCGACCGCGUGGAGCCCGACCUGCUGCUCCACGACUACAUCGAGAAGGAGGUCAAGUAUUUAGGGCAGCUCACUUCCAUCCCGGGAUACCUGAACCCCUCGAGCCGCACGGAGAUCCUGCACCUGAUCGACAACGCCAAGAGAGCCCACCAGCUGCCGGGGCAGCUGACCCCGGAGCACGACGCCGUCAUCAGCCUCUCUGCCUACAACAUCAAGCUGGUGUGGAGGGACGGGGAGGACCUGAUCCUCAGGGUGCCCAUCCACGACAUCGCCUCCGUCUCCUACAUCCGCGACGACUCCGCACACCUGGUUGUGCUCAAGACAGCUCAGGAUCCCGGGAUCUCUCCGAGCCAGAGCCUGUGUGCCGAGGGCUCCAAGGCGCUGACGUCGGGCUCGCUGUCGGAGAGCGCGGGGGGGCCCCUGGAGUGCUGCUGCCUGGUGGUGCUGGCCACGGAGAACAAGGUGGGUGCCGAGGAGCUGUGCUCCCUGCUCAGCCAGGUCUUCCAGAUCGUUUACACCGAGUCCACCAUCGACUUCCUGGACCGCGCCAUCUUCGACGGCGCCUCGACGCCGACGCGGCACCUGUCCCUGCACAGCGAUGACUCUUCCACCAAAGUGGACGUGAAGGAGCCCUUCGAGGCGGAUGCCAGCACUUUUUCCUUUGCAGACACGCUGGAGGCAGGGGACACGUCCCCGUCCCCCUUCUCGGCACGCCCGUCCCCACACGUCACCACGGCCAGCGAGAGCGAGCUCAGCACCACGGCCACCGAGCUGCUCCAGGACUACAUGAUGACGCUGCGCACGAAGCUGUCCUCGCAGGAGAUCCAGCAGUUCGCCAUGCUGCUGCAUGAGUACCGCAACGGGGCCUCCAUCCACGAGUUCUGCAUCAACCUCAAGCAGCUCUACGGGGACAGCAGGAAAUUCCUGCUCCUGGGCCUGCGUCCCUUCAUCCCCGAGAAGGACAGCCAGCACUUCGAGAACUUCCUGGAGACCAUCGGGGUGAAGGACGGCCGCGGCAUCAUCACCGACAGCUUCGGCCGCUACCGCCGCUCGCUGGGCGCCGCCUCCGCCGCCAACGGCACCGGCGCCGCCGGCAGCUCCGACGAGCAGUCCGUGCCCUCCGAGGAGGACGAGUGGGACAGGAUGAUCUCCCACAUCAGCAGCGACAUCGAGGCCCUGGGCUGCAGCCUGGACCGGGACUCGUCCUGAGGGAGCGCCGGAGCCGCGGCUGCUCCCGCCGGGAACGCGGGGCUGCCCCCGGGGGGACCGCGGGACACCGGGACACGGAGUCACCCCGGGAGACAGAGUCACCCC